CAAGAUGUGCCAUAUCGCCGCAGUUAUGAUUUGGAGGAAGAGCAUGAUAACAUUGAAUGUACCUGGAUCGAGGUCUUAUUUCCGAAGUCCAAAGGUAUUAUGAUUGGUAACAUUUAUAGACCCCCUGAUACUUCCAAGUAUUUGGAUAGUGAUUUUAAUGAUAAACUGGAUGAAGUUUUGAAUGCUGUGUCUGAUGAGAAAAAGGAGAUUUUAUUACUUGGUGAUCUAAAUUGCAACUUUCUUGAGUCUGCCUGCAAAAGACAGCUGAAGCGAGUAUUUAGUAUGCAUGGCCUUAAACAAAUUAUUCAAAAUGUCACCCGAAUAACAAAGUCGUCUGCAUCGUUAAUUGACAUUCCUCUCUCUUCUAAUCCUGGGAGAAUAAUUAAGUCAAAAGUUAUUAAAAAAUAA